UUUCAAUAGCUGUAGUACAAAGUGAAAUCUUCGUCUUUUCAAUAAUACUAGCAAUGUGGCAAUUAACAACGGUUUUAAUAACCUAAUGUAAAUAAGAUGUUCAUAUUUCACUAGAAACUUUAAAGUUAACCGGAGAUGGAAAAUUUGUAAUCUUAAAAAAAACCUCGAUGUAAAAGAAACGCUAUUCGGUGUUGAGAUUUAAUUUGUUGGAAAAAUGGAUUAAACUAAUACUUUUUUAACGAUAAAUGUUGAACUUAGAAUAUAUCAAAUAUGACAUGAAACGUUUGCUUUAAAAGAAGUUUUUUUUGUAUGAUAAUAUAACAAUAUGCUAAGAAGGGCAGUUUCAAUGCAGAAUGCAACAGUCAACUUUGUGUUGGGUUUGUCGGUCGGCCUCGUGUUUGCAUUCCUUGCAGUGUCUUACAUGUCAGGGUCGUCCGGCAUUUCCAUACACACACCACGUCGAAUACCGGUUGAAGAAGUCAGCAAAUUUAACAACGUGCCAGAUUCUGUCUUGACACAUGAAGACCUAGAUAAGAUUCAACAAAUCGUGCGUCCAGUCCAGUUCGAAGAUGCUCACGCUCAUCAUGACGACGACAAAGAAGCGGUGGAUUUAAAAAACAAAAUCCGGGUCCUUUGUUGGGUAAUGACCAGUCCACAAAACUUACAGAAGAAAGCUAUUCACGUCAGGAAUACUUGGGCUCAUCGGUGUAACAAACUUAUUUUCAUCAGUUCCGAAACAAACACAAGUUUUCCCACUGUAGGUAUUGAUGUCCCAGAAGGAAGAGAUCAUUUGACUGGUAAAACGAUGAAAGCGUUUAGAUUCAUUUUUGAGAAUCAUUUCGAUGAGGCAGACUGGUUUAUGAAAGCAGACGAUGAUACCUACGUCAUUUUAGAAAAUUUACGUUACUUCCUUUCUAGUCAAAAUAAAGACGACCCAAUUUAUUUUGGACAUCAUUUUAAAACUAUUGUGAAGCAAGGUUACUUUAGUGGGGGUGCGGGAUAUGUUCUUAGCAAAGAGGCAAUGCGGCGAUUUGGCGCGCGCGGGAACGAUUCAAAAUUAUGUCGCCAAGAUGGCGGCGCAGAAGAUGCUGAAUUCGGCAAAUGUAUGCAAAAUUUAGGAGUGAAAGUUGGGAAUUCCACAGAUAAACUUGGAAGAAGUAGAUUUCAUUGUUUUGACCCGGAAACCCAUUUACGAGGAGGGUAUCCUGACUGGUACUAUAAAUAUGAUGCUCAUGGUGCUAAAAAGGGGAAAGAAAGUAUAAGCGAUUACGCAAUCUCAUUUCAUUAUGUUCCGCCAGCAAAAAUGUACGGCCUCGAAUUUUAUGUAUAUCAUCUUCGACCAUACGGAAUAAAUUCCGGACACCAGGAUUUAAACCAGGACAUAUCAUAGCGCUUUUAAACAUGUGAUAAUUUAUUUGUAAUAAAUCCACAAUAUUUUACAUUAUUAUACUAUCUACCUUACAUAAAUGUGUUCCCUCUAAAGUUAUACAUUAUAAAUGAGCAGUGGGCAUUUGAAUGGUGUAAUAUUAAAGAUGACGUCAGCGGUCCGAAAGUGACCGCCUUCGACAGCUAAACUGUUGUUUUAUUUCACAUUUUACGUGCAUUUUACAAUAAUAAAUUUUACUUGGAAUUUUUAGCUCGACUUUUUUGAAGAAAAAUUUCGAGCUCUUGCUACAGUGAUGAAGUCGAUCCUGCUGCCGUUGCCUUUGGCCAUUUUAAGCUCACCUGAGCGCAAGAUACUCAUGGUGAGCUAUUAUGAUCCCCCGUCGUCCGUCGCCGUGUGUCGUCAACAAUUUCUUUAAACAACAUCUUUUCUGAAACCAAUGUUUGUCUAGUAACCAAACUUUACAGGAAUGAUCCUUAGGUAGUCCCCUUUUAGAUUUGUUCAAAUGGUCGUGCUCUGAUGCAUAAGUAGGUCACCGGGCCAGAAAAGGAGUUUCAUGAAUACAAAUUAAAACAAAAAUCUUCUUGUCUGAAAGUACAAGAAACAGAACUUCAAUAUCUGGUAAAUGAUAUCAUUUGCAGGUCUUCUACCAAAGCUAUUUAAAUUUGGCCCUACUGUCAAAAUUGGUCAAAUCCCGGGGGCCAUAGGAUUUCCUAUUAUGUAUAAUGUAAAAAUUUAAAAAUCUUCUUUGAAUUUACGAAGGCUAAAGGUUAGAUUUUUGCAUGAAACAUUGUGUAGUGGACCUCUACUAAGAUUGUUCACAUCAUAGCCCUGGGCCAAAAUUGGCUCCGCCCCAGUGGAUCAUUGAUUUUCAUUAUGUAAAUAUCGUAAAAUCUUAAAAGACCCUAUUGUCUGAAGGUGCAAGGCUUAGAGCUUUAAUAUUUGGUAUAUAAUAUCAUCUGUAGGUCAUCUACAAAAGUUGUUCAAAUUUUGCCCCUAGUGUCAAAAUUUGGACAUAGGUUCUCCUUAUAUGUAUAUAAUAAAAACUUUAAAAAAAAAUUCUGAAUUGACGAAGGCUAAAGGUUAGAAUUUUUUGAAUGAAACAUUAUGAAGUGGAACUCUACCAAGAUUGUUGUAAUUAUAGUCUUGGUGCCAAAAUUGGCCCCGCCCCGGGGGUCACUGGUUAUCAUUAUGUAUAUAUAGUAAAACUUUUAAAAAGCUUAGAGCUUUAAUAUUUUUUAUUUGAUAGAUCAGCUAUAUAUCAUCUAUCAAAGUUGUUCAAAAUUUGCCUCUAGCGUCAAAGGGGCCACUGUGACCUACUGUCUUGUUCUUAGAUAUACAUCUAUGGAAUUUAGACCUUGUGCACAUUUUGAGAUGUAAAAUUGAACAAAAGUAUGACAUCACCAUGUGCACAGUUUCAGGUGUUGAAUAUCAAAUGACCUAAAUAUUGACCUAGUGACACAUUUUCCUUAUAUACAGCUUUGAAAUAACGACUAUGUAUAUAGUAUAAUUAAAAUUUAUAUUUUGCAUGAAGUAUAGUCUAGUUAAAAACAUCGUUCAAAUUCUUGUAAUAAAUAUUAGCUUUCACUACUUUUACACAAAUAAGUUUGUCCUCAGGUGAGCGCUUUUGGGCCAAUGGUCGCCUUGUUUUUAGUUUUGGAACUUGGAAACAACAAACCUUUGGACAAAAUCUUCAAGUAGACCAGACAAAACUUAACCUUGACUGAUAAAUGACCUUGACCCACAAGGCCAAGGCCUUCAGUUUGCUAUAAUUGGCUACAACUUAAUGAAUGGAUAUGAAUUGUCUUCAUACUAAGAAACAAUAAUCCUUUUGACAAAACCGUCAAGUAGUCCAAAUUGAUUAUGACCUUCACUCAUCAAUGACCUUGACUUUAAAGGCCAAAUUAAUUACAUUUGCUUAAUUUUUGCUAUAAUUUGCUCUAACUUCGUUAUUUUCGAAUACAUUGCCUUCAUACUUGAGCACAACUACCUGGGGGACAAUGUCUUAAAACAAUUGAAAUUGAAAAACCAUUUAGACUACCAGAGACAACUUAAAUGUUAAUGCCAUGAUACUGUGAUAUUCAACAGAGAAAAUAUUUUCUUGAGCAUUUGUAUUGUCAACUAACUUUAUGAAUCUAUAAUGUCAUAGAAAUUAUCAUUUAGAAUCUAAAUAAUAACUUGUAUUUAAAUGAAAAACCGAGAUGGAACUGUAUGAAGUUUGGUUGUCUGGUUUUGUCACAACUCGGUAAUUUAUGUACAGAUUAGAUGCAUAUUUGAACAAAGCAACGCUUAUGACGACACCCAUAUGUUGAAUAAUUCAAAUAUGACCUUGAUCUGUUAUUGACCUUGACUAUCAAAUUUUAACAUCAAAAUGAUGUUUUCUUAGAGAAUUCUGUACAACAAUAUCCUCGAGCGUGAUUUUUGUGAUAUUUGUUUUCCUUAAGUUAGUAGAAUUCACAAAAUUAGCAAUUUGGAUGCCCAAUAAAGUUUCAUAAUAGCCUUCAUUACAAGAAUCAUCUAAGGUCCAUUAUGCCACAGAAAUGCUAUCAAUCAUUUUCAUUUCUCAAACACUUUAAUUUUGGUUCAUUGUUCCAGUUGAAAAAGCAAAUACUCAUUUGCGACAUAGAAGAACUAUAUAUCUUUUGCUUUCUUUGCUUGCAAUUGGUAAAAUUUUAGUGAAUUAGAAUUUUGUAUUGAAGUCAAAAUACUAUUUUGUUUACAUUUUGCUACCUAUAUAUGACACGUUACUUCCAUUUCAGCGCUACUUUCUUCAGUUGUUAAAUAUAUUUCAUACUCAAUUAUUAAAUCAUCAUUAACACAUGUUUUGACAUUUCUUAACAAUUAGGAUAAUAUAGAUUUCUGAGGCAUAAUGUGCCUUUAAAAUAUGAACAUUAUGUCAUACGCCGACUACAAAAUAUUGCGCACUCAUUGGUCGUUACAUAUUUAUGGCGUCAAGUAGAGACCAAAUAUAUCCUAUAUUGGGGUACAAUGUAUCAUUAUAUUCAUUAUUAUUGGGCAAGAAAAAACGUUGAAAAAACUGCCACUAGAAUCGUCGAUACAUAGACUGUCCUAGCUAAUUUGCUGAGGAAGGUGGUCAGGGGGAUAUAAUUGUUACACAUUUACAGUAACUGAUCUGAUAUGGGAUAUAUGGAUCUGUAGAAAACCAUAUUGGAGCUAGACCUAAACUCCGUUAUCCGGUCGUUAACUAAACUGUAUGUUACAUUCCGGAUGGCGUUUAAAUUCUAGUCAUAUUGAAUGUUCUUCCAAAAUACAUUUUUAUUUUACACCUGUUUCAAUAGACACUUAUAAAAACUAUAUGUUUUUAUUUUUACUAAAUUAUAAAAGUCGUCAUUUACCAUUAAAAUGUGAAUACCUUUUUGGGAUAGUUGUUAGACAUAUUACUUAUUCUUUAGCUCAGCGGAUUAUGGGUUCAAAAUUACAUGUAGUUUUGUUUGCUUCCAACGAAAAUUGUUCAAUAGUUGCUUUAGAUAUAUGCAUUUUGUAUAAAUAGAGAUGUGAAAUAAAAAUUAAAGUAUUUUAA